AUGUCUGAUCUAGAAGACAGAAAUUCGGGGCGUGAAUUUGGAGAGCACGAUGAUGAAGAUUCCGAUGAGGAGGAAUCUGACGAGGAAGACGACCUUACGAGAAAGACAAAGUUGGCCACCGACCAGAUGAUGAGAGUUUUUAACGGAAAGGCCACGGAAGAAGACGUCGACAAAUUUUUCCAUGAGCAUCAGCGGGUUCUCACACAAGAAGCCGGUGGGCACGGCACUUUUGUUCACAAAAUCAUCCAAUUGGUAUACGACAAAGCCGUCAAAGCCUCGGAUGUGAAGCCUCUGAUCAAGAAACUGAUGGAAAGUUCUCCAGACUUGAUCCGGACCAAGAACGACGACAAGCGAAACCCACUCUAUCACGCAAUUCAUCUAAAGAAGUACACCUGGAAGUUGGUUGAGUACAUGCUAAAGAGCUGCCCUGAUCCCAUCGCCAUUGCAGAUGCACUGGAGGUGCCUUGUGGCGAGGACAGGUCGGCCAAGACCUGUCUAACAUUGGCAUUCGAGAAGGGCCUCCGGGAGGAAGUACUCAAAAAUCUUGUCAGCCAUGCUAGUCAGAAAGCGUUAGAACUGAGGGAUGGAUCGGGCAGAACGCCCUUCCACUACGCGGUGCAGUAUGACCAAUGCAGUGAUGAACGAGUGGAUGUUGUCAAGCUUUUCCUGCAGAAGGACGGAGAUCUUGUGAAGCAACACAAAGCUUCCGGAACAUCCAAGCCCUUAGAGACCUUCCUGGACUUCAAGUACAAGCGAAGAGAGGACAAGACCGAAUACUCCGUGUAUGGGGAGCACAAAAGAACAGCCAAAGCUCACCACCAACACAUGGAAGAAGUGGCCAAAUUGGAAAGAGAAGCAAAGCUACGUGAUCCUGAUCCGGAGCGAGUCGACGCCAAGAUCGCAAAUCUUACACUUCUUAUGAAGGACAAGGAAAUAUUGAAGGGUGGCGUUGAUAAGGGUCCUAAGAGUCGAGCUCCUGAAGAUCGGGAGCGCAAAGUUAAGAACCCAGAUCGUGAGCGUGAUAGCUUAAAGAAGGAGGUGCAAUACAUGGAUGAGAAUGAGAAACGUCGACAAGAGUUGAAAGAACAAGAAAGGGCAGUACUCGAACAGAGGGGAAAGGAAGACAAAAGACAUCCGAAAGAGAAAGACCCCAAAGAGCGUGUCAGGCAGGCCAAGGACCCAAAAGCCACCAUCGGUGGUUCAACAUUGAUCACUCCCAAAGGUUCGUCCGAGCACGCGCCAAAUACGCCCUUGAAAAGAGUCAUUACGCAGACCUUUGACGGCAACACUGAUGACGAGAGGAAACGGAAGAGCAAAGCGGCAUCCUCCAAGAAAUCCUCGGCCAAGGGACAAGAUUCAAAGGUUCUUGCAAGGAAUUCAAUAAAGAUUCUUACUCUGCUCAAGCUGCAUUAUAUGAGGACCAGAAGCAUCAAGAUGGCGACUUCUUUCCUACACGGGAAGAAGUUUCAUCAAGAAUUUCAGAUAUUCUUCGACUACAGAGGACUCCCAGCUGAAAUCACAGACUCGGUGUUUAACGAGCGAUUCGGAGAGGGUCCCAACCACGGCAUGCGGUUCGACGAAGUCUUGAUGUACGUCAGAUUCCCCAACGUGACUGUGAUCCGGUCCGGGCGAAAAGCGCCCAAACCUCGUGAACCAGACCGACCCGCCGUUCGGCAGGACAUGGAGUUCUUCUUCAAAUGGCUCUACGCGAAGGGCGUCCGACGGAUCCUGAGAGUCGAAGUGGAAGAAAGCGAAAAAAGGUACCACAGCGACGAGUCGAUUCAGACUUCGCUGGAGAAAUUCGUGGUUGAGCAUCUCGAUUGGCAGAAGACGGAUCUGGACCCGAGGGUGAUUUGUCAACUCGGCAGUAAGGCUCAUCAUCCUAGUUAUGAAGAUGGCGAGGGAAGCAGGUCAAAUGGGCCGAGAAACCAGCUGAGAGAAGUUACCUUGAAAUGGAGUGGUAAUAAUGCGGUUCUCAGAGGUUGGAGUGAAUCUGAGGGUUUGCCUCUGCUGGAGAAACUCGAGACUGUCAAUCUGAAUAUCCCACCAAAAUCCGAAAUGUUCGACACGACACCAUGGAUUGCUACAAACCUCGAGGAGUUUCGCGUGCGCCUAAACCGUAACUCUAAUAUCCACGCCCACAAGGCCAUCGAUAUUGCGAGUUCAAAGCAGCUCGAUAACACAGAGCAAACGUCGCAACCAAACGGCAACAAGAAAGCUACAACACCUCGACCGGAGCGCAACAUUGAUGUCCGACAUCGACAGGGCAAGAAAGGAGCAGAAGUUUCCGUAUCGGCCACUGGUGCAGCCAAAGCAUCAGGACGUUUGAAUCUGAUGACCGAACACGAGUGGAUCAAGUGCAUGGAGGGAUUUGCGACAUGCAUGAGCGACCUUUGGACAAAGACGGAUAAGGCAUCUCGAAGCAAACUCGGACAUACCCCAAAUGCAACCAUCGACGAACGAGCCAAGAAUGAUCUCGAAAGCCUAGUAAAGCCCGUUGUUGUUGCACUUAUUGACGACGGUGUUGAUAGCUGUGAUCCAGCGUUUGCGGGACGUGCCAUCGAGGGUGUCACGUUUGAUUAUGAAGACCGAGCUGUGGGGCAAUACUACAUAUCAGGAAAGGGACACGGUACCGAAAUGGCGAGGAUGAUAUGCAAGGUGUGCCCUAUGGCGAGUAUCUACUCUAUUCGCCUCAAGAUGCAUAGCAGUCCGGAUAAAGGAGUCUCGACAAUUGACGCAUUUUCAGCGGCGUUGGCUAUCGAAGCAGCUUUGGAAAAGAACGCAACAAUAAUAUCAAUGUCAUGGACAUUACCGGUCCCUGCUGAAGGAAGCGACGAGAAAAAACUGCUCGACUCAGUGUUAGAAAGGGCCUGCAAACAAAAGGUUCUCAUGUUCUGCUCCUCAUCCGAUCUGAUUAGCGAUACCGACCACUACCCCUCAGCCUUUAGACGAAAUCGCUUCUUCGUCAUCGGCGCUGCCCACGACGACGGCAGCGCAUAUGGUCACGCUGGAAAAGACAACGACUUUAUCUUCCCCGGCGUUAAUGUCAAUACCUCGAGCGGUAGGAACCUGCAUCUCUACCUCGCCGACAAGACCUCCGCAACCGAAGAAUCAACAGGGUCCAGCAUCGCCACUGCUCUGGCGGCCGGUCUAGCAGCCAUGAUUACCUACUGUUUCAAGGCCAGUGCGCUGUAUACCGUGAUGACACGGAUGCAGCAGGGCAAUGAAUACAUGAUCCGACCAGAGCUCGUCAAGCGCGCUGACGUGGAGAGAAUUACGGAGCAUGAUGUGCUGAAGGCGGCUUUUAGCAGGAUAGGAAAGGUCGAGAGUGGGCAGUUCAUACAGGUCUGGGAUAGGUUUGGGCCUGCGAGUAAAUUCUUGGAAGAUGAGAGUAAAAGUGAAGAGGAGAAGCUUGGACAUAUCAUGAAUUUGUGCUCGAAUCUCAUUGAGCGGUAG